CCAUAAAUAGGGGCGCGGAGCGGGGUGGCGGCAGCGCUGGCUGGGGGAGCUCCCGCGGCGCCUCACGGCGGGGGACCUUUCGCCCACUCCUUCCCUCCCUCCGUGCGCGGAGCGCCCCGAGGUAAGCUCCGCUCCGCUCCGCUCUCCCCUCCGGCCGCAGCCCGGCACCGCCAUGACUCUGAACCGCGGCGACAAGCUGCGCUACCUGGACAAGCGGCGCGGCAGCAUGCCCUUCUCCGCGCACCAGCACCUGCACCGGCGCAGCAUGCCGGUGGACGAGCGGGACCUGCGGGCCGCCCUGCCGCAGGGCGAGCUCUCCGGCCUGGUGCGCUGCACCUCGUACAGCCCCGGCGAGGCGCACCGGGAGAGCUGGGCCUCCGACUCCUCCGACUCCGUCAUCUCCUCGGGCAGCGACUCCGACAGCAGCCUCUACAAAGUGAUCCUGCUGGGCGAGCACGGCGUCGGCAAGACCAGCCUGGCCCGUAUCUUCGGCGGCGUGGAGGAUUGCGCGGAGGCGGAGGAGGCCGGAAAUACAUACGACAGAUCAAUUAUAGUUGAUGGAGAAGAAGCAUCUCUCGUGGUGUUUGACAUAUGGGAGCAGGAUGACAGCCAAUGGCUUCAGAACCACUGUAUGAAAAUGGGAGACGCCUAUAUUAUUGUAUAUUCAGUGACAGACAAAGUUAGUUUUGAAAAGGCUUCUGAGCUCAGAAUCCAGCUAAGAAGAGCAAGGCAAACAGAAGAUAUUCCUAUUAUCCUUGUGGGCAAUAAAAGUGAUCUGGUCAGGUCCCGGGAAGUCUCAGUGGAUGAGGGACGGGCCUGUGCUGUUGUGUUUGACUGCAAAUUCAUCGAGACCUCAGCUGCUCUUCAUCAUAAUGUCAAGGACCUGUUCGAAGGUAUUGUUCGGCAAAUUAGACUUCGCAAAGACAGUAAAGAAGACAAUGCUAGGAGAAUGGCUAACACAAAAAGAAGAGAAAGCAUAGGCAAAAAGGCAAAGCGAUUCCUUGGGAGAAUUGUGGCAAAGAACAACAAGAAGAUGGCUUUCAAAGCAAAAUCAAAGUCUUGCCAUGACUUAUCUGUGCUUUAGAAGCUUUCAGCAAGGCCAGAUGUUGCACAUGGGUGAUGAACAAACAUUUGACUGUUACAAGAAGCGUACAGAUGAUCUUCAUGGUGAUAACAAGAAUGACUUAUCAAUUGAGACUCUCAUUAAUGCCUUAAGAUGCGCAAGCAAGCCUGGAAGUUACGCUACAAUGUCCGCUUCAUUGAUAAAUGGUUCAAGUUUCAAUGCGUGCAAGUAAAUGAACUGACUUUAAAUAAGUGGCUUGACAUGCCCACAUUUUCACUGUGUACAUAUGUUAUAUAUCCUCUUGUCCUGUGGAUGCCAGAGAUACAAAGAUAAAGAAUGAUAAGUAUCACCAUAGACUUGUCUUGUUUGCAGAGCAAAACCUAAACUUGUACGCAGGCUCGUACACUUUUUAGUAUAAAGCAAGCAAUGAUAAAUAUUUUUAAACUUAAAUGUGGGGAGGGGGGAGUAGAACCACAUUAGAAUGGGAGAAAACAAAUUAUAUAUAUUAUAUAUAUAGAACAGAUAUCAUUUUAUGAAGUUAAUUUGCACUUCCAUUAACUGUUAUUCAAUUAAUUUGUUACUUGUUUACAUGCAGAUUUUAUAAUAAAGUAUUAUUUCCUGUUAUAA